AUGAAUAUCUUCCCGACCGUGCCGGCCCGCCUGAAGGGCGUCUCUACAGGCGAAGUAGGAAGGGGGGACGGUGAUAGUGAGGACUCAAUUCUUUCUGAUGAGUUGAGAAAAGCCCUUGUCCUUCAUGGAGAGACACCAGGACCCAUCACAUCUACCACGAAGUCCCUGUACAAGAAGAGACUUCUUCGUUUCCAGCAGCUCGGAAAUCUCCUCAAAAUACCAUCUGAGCAAGCUGUGAAAGAAUCACCAAAGCCUUGCUACUCAGCGGAGCUUUCAGAAGCAUUGGAAGAUUUAUCUCUACUGGAUGAAGCAGACCUGACUUCUUGUGAGGCAGAGAUGGUAUCCCAGUUCCAGCGUCCUGUGGAGGGGGUGAACUGGCGGGAGGGGGUGGUGAAAUCUGCAUUCACCUAUCUUCUCCUGGACCCCCGAGUGACUUGCAACCUACCAGCUCAGACCCAUCUCAGUGAGAAGGAGAAGUUCCGCACCUUUGUCUCUUCUGUGUUCUACAUUGGGAAGGGGCAGCGCUCUCGACCAUAUUCUCAUCUCUACGAGGCACUUCGAGCCACUGAGAACAAGCACAAGGAGCCAGUGAAGAAGGUGAAACAGAUACAAGAGAUAUGGGAGAGUGGAAUGGGUGUGGUAUCCCUUCAUAUAUUUCUCUCUGUCAUACCUGCUGAGGCCUACACGAGGGAAGCUGCCAUGAUUGAUGCCAUUGGUCUGAAGAAUUUGACAAAUAUCCGGCGUGGUGAUUACUAUGGGAUCUCAUCAACAUGGGAUCCAUGCCAACGGAGACGGGUUGGGACAUUCCUCCUCCUCAAGGCCAUGCGCAUCCUCCUCCAUGAGGGGGAACGACAACUCUGGCCUGCAAAUUUAUGACACCUUCUCAUGAUCUCUAUAUUCUACAUGAUGACUCAAUCCUGUAUAUAUUAUUACCUUCAAUGCCCUUUUUUAUUUAUGAUCUUCCAGUUUUCAUGAUCUCUUCCAGUUUUAGUGAUCUCUUUUGCCAAUAUCCAACUCCUCAUGACCUCUGAAUCUAAGACAGCAGCACCUUUGGUCUCAUGUCUUUGGUGACUCUUUUCUGUUUACUUGAUCUGUUUUUCCUCCACAUUAUAUGAUCUCAAUUUUC